GAAAAUAACCUCACUCAAGUGCAUUCUAAUGCAAGGUUUGUAUGCUUAACAUUCCUCUGAAGUGCUAAAGCUAAGUGCUCUGUAUAAUAUCUCUCUCAGUUUUAUCUAUUUAUUUAUUCAUUCAUUUACAUGCCCAUACAUUAUUUCCUUUUCAUUGUUUCUAUAUCUUUAGCUGCAUUCCAGCAUUUCCUCCGGUGAAUGCCUCCGCAAGAAACGCUUUCUGUAUAUUUUACGAGUAUAUAGGCGAAUUCUGUAAAAACGUAACUAGAAGUCUAUACGUUUAUGGUGAUCAGUCCACAUUGGAUACUGGUGAAAGGGAAGCUGUGAACUUUAAGGGUUAUUUCGACGCUCUUGAGAUCACACCGGAGUGCAGGAUCCCAUUUAAAGACUUGUUCUGUGUCUAUGGUUUCCCUAAUUGUGAUGAAUCAUUGGCUCAGCCUAAAGAACGCCGUAUUUGUCGCAGCUCAUGCAAAUAUUUGCAAGUCAUCUGCAAAAGGGUAAUGGCUUUAAUCAGAGAUAUACCGAUCUUUCAACGCUACGUAGACUUGGCAAAUUGCUCGAGCUCUAAAUUUGCUUCUGCUAAUGGUGGCGAUGCUCCUGAGUGCUAUCAAUAGUACGAUCUUCCUGGUAGGUAUUGCAACGUUAUUAUUAACUCCUUUAUUUGAACAAGUAACCCUCGUAAUCUGAUCAUCUCGUUUGAGAAUUAAAGAACCCUUUGGCUUUAACAGAGUCACUGCGCUGUGUGUCUGAGGGAAGAUAUAUUGCACCAUGUGGUGCCUCUCCCCACCCAGGUGUAUUAAUGGGUACCGGCGAUUUGUCGGGGAAAUUUUCCGAAGUGCAGAGGGGGGAGGGGGAGAGGUUCCCUGCGAUGGAUUUGAAUCUCAUCUUUGGGGAAAAGCAAUACUUAUUAUGUACUAAAACAGUGGAUGGCGUUUGAGGCGCGCUCUGAUUGGCUGCUCCAUCUCCAACUAUCCUUUGCUAUUCAUCUCCGAUCAACUCGGGCGGAAUUUGCGCCCGAGUUGAUCGGAGAUGAAUAAUGAAAAUAUUAUGCAGUAAUAAAUGAGUUAAAUCAACUUUUUGCGCUAUAUCAUCCUUCUAUUUUAGCAUAUACUAAAAGACCUAUUCGCCACAGUGUCCGUGGUUAGCGGUGGAUAUUUAUCUCGCCGCUUGGCAGCUCAGUAAAUAUCCUCCAGUAGCCAACUCCACUUCGGUAAAUAGCUGUUAAUUAAUGUCACGAAAAGUAAGAACGCUCCGGCAGCAUAUGAGCCACGUGUAUUGGCUUGUGUGAAGACACAAACAUAUAAAAAAAUCGAACGCUAGGAAAUAAUUGUAAUAUUUUUAGCCUAUCAUGUCGAUGAGAUAAUUUUAUAUUUUCUGACCUCAACCACUCUCGCUUUUCUCCAUUUCCCAUAGGUGAUGACACUGAAAGUACAGGUCUGUUAUUUUACGAUCUCUAAUCGAACGCUGUCUGAUAGAUGAUUUCUGUAUAUGUUAAGUUAUGCUUCAAGCGAUGACAUAAAAGUAACUAACAUUUUAUCCAGGCUUCUCGCCCUCCCAGUCGACAUCACUCCACGGUGUAGCACUUCAAGUUCUAUGAGGUUGACAAACACGAAGGGACUAGUCCCUGCAACUAGUUCCUGUGACUAGUCCCGAGGACCAAGUCCUUUCGUGUGAACUACCCAGUUUCACUGACAAAUGUAGUUACAGGUAACAAAAUGUGGUCCACGAUUUCAACAUGUUGUUGGGACUUGUUCCUCCAAAUUAUCCAGGUCCCUGUGUAAAAGUGACAGGUCCUUGCAAUUGCGACCAAAUGAAAGUAAUCUAACCACUGAUCAGUAUUUAAGUUCCCAUAACCCCUUUCAUGCUCCGUUUCAAUAUGGCGGCCUUUUUUUAAUAGCUGCUGUUUUUCAGUUCUGGAAGAGUAGCAUACAGAACCUCAGUCGAAAAAAGCAAAUGCUCUCAAAAUUGUAAAUGCCUGACCAAUUUUGUAAAUUGAAGAGAUGCUGCUUUCUGACGUGAGCGUGUCCUACAAUUGUUUGGAGUUAAUUUUCUAAAUUCGGUUCCAUUGUUUAGGAUCGCUCCUUGUUCGCUGAAUUUCAGUGAAAGCGCCCUAGGUUUUGCUAUCUCGAUGUGAAACAGGUCCCAGCAGGUAAACUCUUCAGGGGACUUGUCCCCACAACUGGUCCCAUCGUGUUAACCGUGCAGCGGACUAGUCCCUAAAACAAAUCCCCGCUACAAGUCCCCUCGUGUGUACCGACUUCUAUGUUGACAGUACCUUAACAUCUAGAUGCGAUUUAUUUCAGAUUGUUUCUACGGUGUGGGGGUUGGUUACCGUGGCAACAUGAACGUCACUCAGUCUGGUCGUAAAUGUCAGUCGUGGAAAUCUCAGUGUCCUCAUCGUCACUGGCGGAUUCCUAAAGAUGUCGCUGAUUCCAAAAAUGACUCGAACAUGUGUCGUAACCCGGACAGUAGUGGCCCGGAUGGACCAUGGUGUUUUACCACUGACCCAAAUGUUCGAUGGGAAUACUGCAACGUAUCUCGAUGUCCCUCUAGAGGUAAAUUUAGUCAUAAAGAGAACUUGCACGAGAACCGAAGAGCACGAGGGAAAUAGAAUAUUGAAAGUAUAAAUGUAAUUUAAAAAUCAUUUUAAAAUUAUUUUUAGAACAUCAUUUACAGACAUAUUAUUCAGAUACUGACGAAAAACAAUUUAGGAUGUUACAUUCUGUGGCAUCACUUCCUUUGCUUUGUUUUAUGCGUAGACAAAUUUUAUGAAGAUUUCACAAUAUUACCCAAGGUCGGACUUAGAGAAAACGCAGAUCAAGAGCAGACUCAAGCAGACUUAUUACAAGGCUUUCUUUGAUCAUGGUAUAAUAACCAAGCAGCUGAAAGAUCCUGGUUCAGAGAUCUAGAUCAUUUAUUGAUUGCCUUGAUGUAGGAUGAUCUCAGUCCUCUCGGACUCCAGAUUCUGCUCCAGAUCAACCAAAGGAACACACUCUUCUUUACUGUGGACCAAAAUGUUUGAGAUCAAGAGUAUUUUUACUAAUUUUUUUGUUACCAGUUCCAGAAGAGGCUCCCACUUUCCUUAGAGGCCAUCCUCUUAAUUCAACAGCCAUUUUAAUCUCUUGGAAGGGCAUACCUCCUUCUCGUCAUGAAGAAAAACUGUUGGGCUAUCGGAUUCGAUACCGGAGCAAAGGAUCCGAGCUCUAUUAUGAAGCAAACACAACGAGCAACUUGACUCAAGAUGUUAUUAAAUAGCUCCGUCCAAACACAGCAUACGAGAUUAUGGUCAAUGGGUUCAAUGAAAUUGGCCACGGGCGAAGUAGCACGGUCCUUGAUUUAAAAACUCUGUCUUCUGGUAUGUUGGGUAUAUACUACUUUCAAUUAAAUUGACAGUUGAUAGUUGAGAGCGUUGUUGAUAUCCGGGUGCCAAUGACACGUUGCAAGCAGAUGCUAUAACUAUAUUAUCAUGAGUGGGGAAAUGAGGUCGAAUGCCACUGAUCAUGACGGGUGGAAACUCGUAUCAUAUUUCUCUUUUCCGCUUUUAUAAUUGAGAGUCUCAACCUUUUAGCAUUAAACUAGCCGUAUAUUACUGUUUGGAAAUCUUGAACCAGUAAAACAAAUUUUUAGUUCAUAAUUUGCUCUUCCUUUUUCAUUCAUCUGUAAUUCCUUUUUUGUCUUGUUAUCACUUCCCUGUGUUCUUUGGUUGAUUUUCAGGUGAGGAAAUAUUAGAGGUUGACUUCCAGCUGAUUAUAGAUUCUGAUUUUAGCAGGGAUCUGCUCAACAGUAGCAUGCAGUAAAAGGUUCUUGGAAAUGGCUGAACUCAUUAGAAUUUCAGUAAGGAACAAUUGGUUUGGUAAAAAAUUUGAUUGUUGUAUGACAAAGUAGUGCUUUCAAAUUUUUGCAUGCCCUGUUUUUGAAAAAAACAUUUUUUUUCUUUUAGAUAAAACACCACUUCAACGAAUCUUCUAUGUUGAACAUAUAUAACGUCAUAACUAUACAUUUUAGGUAAGAUCUAGAAACUAUUUUUAUUCCCGUUUAAAGAUUUCGUUGGCCAUUUAAAGGCUAAAUUUGCCACUUAUCAAUUAGAUAACAUUUCAUAUGAAAAUUAACUUUGCUUCCCUCAGAAUAAAGUGUCUUUUCCAUAUCAAAGGUUUUCCACUCACCCAAAUUUCAACACCGAAGCAUUGAGUACCUAGUAGAUGCUUAGUUCGAGAAAAGUAGCUCUCAUGACAAGCAUUAUCUUAUUUACCGCUGGUGAAGUGUUCUUAAGUAUUUUGUUACUUUUGUUUUUAGAAAUGGCAGCCUGAGUGCAUCGAGUGCAGACAUCAAAGUUCCUGCAACAAUAAAUACGAACACAACCGACAAAGAUGAUGCUCUUAAUCAGUUGAUAGGAGGGGUGCGUUCGUCGUUUGUAGAUCGGCUUAAAGUCACUUCCAUACGGGUUCAGGGUAAGUAAAGCUCUGUGGAUACUUUUAAGAACUACCCUACUCUCAGAUCACCCCCCCUCCCUCAAAAAAAAAUUGAUAACUCCACAUAAUAUGGGGUAUGUAGUUUUAAGGCUGCUGGUUUUUUAGUAAUAUACUAUUGAUACUUCCUUCAUUCGUUAGAAACACCGAGGUCUCCUAAAAGUUUCUCCGUAAAGAAUGCACAGAAAAAAAUAUCUUAUUUUGACAUGGGAGGAGCCAGACUAUGACAGCCUAUACCAGAUACACAACUACAUUAUAGAGCGAAAGAUAUCAAGACUGAAGAACUUCACCGCGGUUUGGACAAUUCCUUACCCUGAAACCAGGAUGAUUAUGGAGAACUUAGAUCCGUCCACAGAAUACACCAUCAGAUUAUCAAGCAACAAUAUGUAUGGAAGGUCAGAGGGUGUAUUGUUAACACAAAAGACACUGCCAG